AUGUCUUUGUCCCGGAUUCAGAGCCUCAGACUGGCAGCUGUACUGGAGGAUUGUUCAGACCAGUUGGACAUACUGGGACAUGCUCUGACAGUGCAGAUCAGCAGGGAGCGCAGUAGUGCCCCAGCACAGGAGGAAGCCAGGAUGAACAAGCUGAAACGAGACUCUAAAUAUGUAUCACAGCUGGUGUCCAAGUUACAUUUAGAGCUGGAGGAAAAGCAGAGUUUUAGCUGUCUGCUGCAAGUGGUGGAGGAAGAGGAGCGGAAGAAGAUGGCUGAGCACAUGAAAAGAGAGGCAAAGAGAGAGCUUGACUGCAGGCAACAAAAUCUACAGAGGCAAAAAGUGGAGCUCGAACAGAAAACUGAGACACUGAAGGUGAGAAACUGAAAGCAGCUCAACAAAGAGCUGAGGCAUAAACUGAAUGAGCAGCCAGCAAAGAUAGAAAAGAAGAAGAAGCUUGAGGAGAAGAACAAUCAGCUGCAGCUCCAGAAAACUCAAAAGGAGACGAACAAAGCUGAGAAGCUCCUGGAAGACCAGCUGGAGCUGCGGAAGAAACAGUUGAAGGAGGAGAUGAGAGUUCACGAGGAGUCAACCAAAUUUCUGCAGAAUCGACACGAGGAGUUGCAGCAGCUGCUGCAGCAUUGGCAGGAGCGCACAAAGCAGAUGCUGCAGGAGAAGGAGCAGCAGCUCAACAACGUGCGCUGCAAAAGAACUGUGAUUUUGGACAAACUGAUGGAGAUGAGGAGGAAGUACAGGGAGAUGGAGCAGGUGGUGGUGGAGGAUAGGGAGGAGCAGGAGAAACUGCGCCAAAAGCAAGCAGAAGUCAGAGCUGCUACCAAGCUGCAAGCCUGGUGGAGAGGCUGCAUGGUCCGCAGAGGCCUCGGCAGUUAUAAAAAAGCAGAGGAAGGCAAGAAAGGCAAGAAGAAGAAGGAAGGAAAGAAGAAGAAGAAAUGA